AUCCACAACAUGAGCGACGUCUCCAAAAUUCACUCUCUCAACAUUCCCACCAACAAAAACCUCGACUCUUUCCAACAACAACUUCCCGACGCCUCCGACACCGUCCCUGUAAUUGACCUUUCUCACCCUGAUGCCCCCAAGCUCAUGAACAAUGCCUUUCAAACUUGGGGGGUAUUCCAACUCGUUAACCACGGCAUUCCCGUUUCCCUACUCAACUCCAUACAAUCCUUCAUCCAGGAUCUCUUCGAUCUUCCCACUUCACAGAAGCUUAAGAUCGUUCGUUCCCGCGAAUCCAUCGCUGGCUUCGGACUCGUUCCUCUCUCCCAAGUAUACCCUAAACGUCCGUGGGGUGAGGGCUUCACCCUCAUCGGUAACCCUGUCGACCAUCUUCAAAAACUCUGGCCUGAAGACUGCAAAAAAUACUGUGAUUUAGCGGAAGAAUACCUCAAAGAGAUGAAGAAUCUAUGCGGAAAGGUGAUGUGGCUUACAUUGGGGGAAUUAGGCAUAACUCCAGAGGACAUAAAUUGGGCUGGAUCGGAUGGGGAAUUCAAGACCAGUAAUCAAGCCCUCCGAAUGAACUCUUACCCAGUCUGCCCAGAACCGGACGAGUCAAUCGGGCUCCCGCCUCACUCCGACUCCAGCGUCUUAACCGUUCUGUACCAAACGACAAAAGGGUUACAGGUUUUGAUAGAAGGGAAAGGGUGGGUGACGGUGGAGCCGGUAAAAGAUGCACUGGUGGUUCAAGUCGGAGACAUGCUUCAUAUUCUUACAAACGGGUUGUACUCUCCAUCGGUCCAUCAGGCCGUCGUGAACCAGACCCAUGAUCGUAUGUCGACGGCUUUCUUUUUUGGUACGCCGAAAAACACCGAAGUUUCACCGCUUAAGAAACUUGUGACCCCAACUCGACCAUUAAUGUACCCUACGGUAACGUGGGCUGACUACCUCAGUAAAAAAUAUGAGCUUUUUGAGGAAACACUUCCAUCUAUCCGUCUUUCCGCUCCUCCCCCGGGUCUGUCAAAUGUCAACGAUCAAAACCAAGUGAAAGUAGGCUAA